AGCUAUAUGGUUGGCCACGUUACACAUUCGAAAGCUUUCAAUUCGAAAGAAACGUUCUUUUGGAAACGUACAUAUUCCUGUGUACUGUGACACGCGCUAGUUGUAACAUAUAAAGUGUAUUACAUAGCCAGCGCAUUGCGCAUUGCAUAUUACGUCACAGCAGCGCCCCCUAUACGUAGGUCAGUAGCACGACAGGUCAUCAUUUAAUUAUGGGAGGACGAUGGAUGUUUUGGCACCAGCUCCUCGAGCACUGCGAACGCGGAGAUCUGAUCGAGAUCGACCGGACGACAUACUACCACUGGUGCGUCUACAUCGGCCAGGGUGAUGUGGUCCACCUCACCGGGCUAGAGGACAACACUAAACCCGACUCCAAACCCAGCCUCAGUUCAUCGGCAUCCUCCGCAAGCGUCCUCGGGGAGACAGCGCUGGUGCGCCGACAACAUCUCCGGGAGGUCGCGCGGAAUGACCGAUGCAGGGUGAACAAUAAAUGGGACGCUAAACACGAGCCGCUAGAGCCGGAUGAGAUCGUGGCCAUGGCGGUGUCGUGUGUAGGGCAGGAGAUGCGGUACGAUGUGGUGGGGAGGAACUGUGAACAUUUCGUCACCGCUUCCCGAUAUGGGCGUUCUGGAGGAUUCAGUGAUCAGGCUAACAACGCCGUGGCGGCAGUAGGCGGGGUGACUGGUGGUCUCAUUAUAGGAUUCCUCCUCAGUAUGUUCUUCGGCAGGCGGUGAUGCUCACGAACAAUAAUAUCUAUAUAAAACAUAACUCGACAGAAACGCACAGUUUAGGACUAUUUCUGAACUAGGAAUGAACGGAUCGGUAUUACUACGGUCAUAAUUUGAAAAAAAAAAUCUGCCCCCGGAUAUAGUUUAUGGGCUAUUUCAAUUUAGAAAUCCGAGGGUGACACCAUAUGACACCUUGGGGAUACCGGGCUACUUUUGGUCACGGUCGUGCCCCCGAAGUUGUUAAACUCGUACUUAAAAGGAAC